UCCAGCAAAGACACGCGCGAGGAGUGAAAGGAGUGGGCGCCGUAGCAUAAAGUGGGGCAGUGUGCUGUGAGAGAGACAGGGAGAGGUUGUUGUCGUUGUUUUUUUUCGUUUUGAUUUUUCUCCAAAGGAGGGCACUGGUUGGGAUUAGGCUCGUGCUGUGGGCUGGAGUGGAUUACGCGGCGUCGCGCGCGCAGGGAGCGAGAGAGGCGGAAAUGUGCCGCCGCGCUUCAUCGCCCGACGAGCUUCUCGGUCCGCUCCUCCGCCAACUUGAUCGCGACACUUGAGGCGCGCCCUGACUCUUUCCGCCAGCUUGUGCUAAAUCACCGCCCGCAAACGAGGUGUCCGGCUGCAUGGAAACAUGGCCGACGUUCCCCAGGUCGUCAAAAUCGGGAUUUCCCUGAAGAUGCUUCCCAACAACAGCGCGGUGUUCUUCAAGUCGGACGGAGCUCGGUUCGGACAGACGCGCACCAUCAAGCUGCUGACCGGCUCCAAGUACAAGAUCGAAGUGGUGGUGAAACCGGGAGCGGUCCAGGCCACCUCCAUGAGUGUGGGUGGAGUGACCUUUCCCUUGGAGCAACAAUCCAAAGACCCCCAGUCUGUGGUUUACACCGGUCAGUAUGACACUGAGGGGGUGGCACACACAAAGAGUGGAGAAAGGCAGCCAGUUCAAAUCAACAUACAGUUCACAGAGGCGGGGUCAUUUGAAACCGUGUGGCAGGUGAAAUUCUACAACUACAACAAGAGGGACCACUGCCAGUGGGGCAACAGCUUUAACAGCAUCGAGUACGAAUGCAAACCCAACGACACGCGCACGCUCAUGUGGAUCAACAAAGAGAUGUUCGUCUGACGACCAGAGGCGGCGCAAAAGACGUGGGUGUGUGCUUUAACGAGUCCUCCCUCCUUCAACCUUCUGUUGAAGAAGUGUCAGUGUCAGUGAAAAUGUGAAGCUCUUUGCAGCCGAAACAGACCCAUACCCUGCUAUUUUAUGUAAAAGACUGCAUAAACCUCCUUUGGAAAGUUUUUUCCAUUUAUACUCUGGUAUUCUGUCCCUCAAGUGUGGAAAAAGUACAUUUUUGUGUAGUUGUGUAAGAUUACCUGUGUUUACGAUGAGUAUGCGUUUUACAGAUGGUGCUACUGAUGUGGUUAUGUGGAUAUGUAUGUAUUUUUAAACUAUAUGCAGUAAUGUGGAAAAGUUUUGAGCUGUCUCUUAUUUCUUGAGAUUUAUUUGAUUUGUUUAAGUUACUUAGCGCUGAGUAAUGAUAUUUGGUCACAAAGUCUCCAUUGAUUCAGUGUUGUUCAUGCAACAGGAAACUUAACAAAGAACCAUUUACAAGCUUAGUUCAAUCUAAGAUACCAAAGAUAACACAGUUAGUGUUAGGAAAAGUAAUCUAGUAUUUAAGCACCAAUAAGAUGAUUCCCAAGGAUCUAUUAGCAUAGCGCUAGUGCUUAAGAUUAGCACGAGCUUUUUGAAAAACCCUAAGAAGGAGAAACUGAUGGAGAUUUUAUUGAAAAGUUUACAAAAAAAAGUCUGGCUGCUUUCAAUGAAAGGCAUACAUUAUUUGGGGCAGCUUAAAAUGGUGUACGUUACUGUUUGUACACAUUUUUCCCAUCCAUUGUUAGCGAUAAAAUAUCCAUUGAUCUGUUCCUUGUAAGCAACAAAAGCCAGCAUAAAAGUCAAACAACUGCACUGUUAAAGUCCAUAAUUUCACACAUUCCCUAUGCCUGCUGUAUUUGCUAGUUUUUAUUUAAUUGGCGCCCAAGUAAUCAUUCCCCGUCUGUCUGCAAAGCACUGCCAUAAUAUAUGCGUGAGAACUCUGGGGCAUGGGGAAACGAACACAAUGGCAGCAAUGGUUGGCAUGUAAAAGGUUCUUUGGCAGCAGGGUACUAUAGAGUCUAGGAGAUUUGUACCAAUAAACUGGAGGGUGUAGAUCAGGGGUCUCAAACUCCAGUCCUCGAGGGCCGCUGUCCUGCAACUUUUAGAUGUGCCUCU